GCUCCGCGCUCGCCCGGGACCUCGCGCACGGUCCCGCGCCUAAUUAAAUUAAUUAGGGCGCAGCGCGCGGCGGGCGGGCGGUGCCGUGGCCGCAGUGCCCCGCGGCGGGCGGGCGAGCGGCGAGCACGGGAGGAAGGAAGGGAGGAAGGAAGGGGUCCAUUCAGAGCUCCGAGGGGAGGUAAUUCGCCGGGAACAAGGGGCCGGCUUUGCAAAGUAUAAAUAGUGCCACUUCAAUCGCGGCGUCGCUAUCAGACCCCGGGAGCCCUGCACGUCGGGCGGCACGGCCCGGCCCGGCUCGGCACGGCCCGGGGCGCCGCCGCCUCCCCGCCCCGUGGAUGCCCGCCCGGGGAGCCGGGGCAGCGCGCCCCUGAGCCAUGGAGGAGCUGACGGCGUUUGUCUCCAAGUCGUUUGAUCCCAAAGCCAAGGAGAAGAAGGAGCUCAUCACCUACCGCGAGGUGCUGGAGAGCGGGCCCCUGCGCGGCGGCGGCGGCCCGCGGGAGCCCGGCGGGGCGGCGGCGGAGCCGGGCCGGGAGGACACGGGCAGCCCCGCGCUGCGGCCGCCCGGGCGCUCCCCGCCGCGGGAGCCCGACGCCGCCGCCGAGAGAGCGGCCGAGGCGGCCACCCCCAAGCUCAGCGACGUGUCCCCAGAGCUGAAGGAGCGCAAGGAGGAUGCGAAAGCGAUGGAAGACGAAGGGCAGACGAAAAUCAAGCAGAGGAGGAGCCGGACGAAUUUCACCCUGGAGCAGCUGAACGAGCUGGAAAGGCUUUUCGACGAGACGCACUACCCGGACGCGUUCAUGCGGGAGGAGCUGAGCCAGCGGCUGGGGCUCUCCGAGGCCAGGGUGCAGCGCGGCCGUGACCCCGUGUCCCCAUCCCCGCAGGUUUGGUUCCAGAACCGCCGGGCCAAGUGCCGCAAACAGGAGAACCAACUGCACAAAGGGGUGCUGAUCGGAGCCGCCACCCAGUUCGAAGCCUGCAGGGUGGCUCCCUACGUGAACGUGGGAGCGCUGAGGAUGCCGUUCCAGCAGGUGCAGGCUCAGCUGCAGCUGGACAGCGCCGUGGCUCACGCUCAUCAUCACCUGCACCCGCACCUGGCCCACGCCCCCUACAUGAUGUUCCCCGCUCCCCCCUUCGGGCUCCCGCUGGCCACCCUGGCCGAAUCCGCCUCCGCUGCCUCCGUGGUGGCCGCAGCCGCCGCAGCCAAGACCACCAGCAAGAAUUCCAGCAUCGCCGACCUCCGCCUGAAGGCCAAGAAACACGCCGCAGCCCUGGGGCUGUGACCGCGCUGCUGCUUGCGUUUUAUUCUGGGUUUUUUUCUUUUUUUUUUUUUUUUUCUUUUUUUUUAAAUUUUUUUUUUUUUGAAAAAAAAAGGGGGAAAAAAAAGUGAAAAAAGAGUUGAAAAGGAGAAAAAAAUAAAAAAAAAGGAAAGAAACGAGGGAGAGGAGAAACGGACGGGAGAUAUAUACUUAUUUAAGGAAUUAGAGGACGCGCAGCUGGGAAGUUCACAGGUUUUGAAACUGACCUUUUUCUGCGAAGUUCACUUUAAUACAAGAAAUUUGAUAAGAGAGGCGGGCCUCCUUUCACGUUGCAUCAGGUACUUGAGUUAAACAACCACGUCUGGAAUAGCGACAAAAAAAAAAGGAAAAAAAAAUAAAAAGAGAGAGAGAGAAAGAAGACGACGAACAGGAAAAAAAAAAAAAGGAAAAACAAAAAAAAAAAAAGAGACAAUGAUUUCUCUGCGAAUUUCUAAUGGGAAACUGUCCGGGAUACUUCCUCCAGCAGCAUUCCGGCUUGCAUGUAUUUGUAUUUCAUUGAUGGAGUCCUUUGAUUCACUUGCACUUCACCCUCAUCUUUAGUAGAAAAAAAACCAAGACAACCACAAAAGCAAACAAACAAACGUGGCUGGGUUCUUUCUCCUUUAAUCUUGGAGGGAAGCAGGCACAGAGAGGCACAUCAAGCGCUACCUUUUCCACUCUCAAAUCUUUGUCGGUCGUUUGCUGUCCCACCUCUGAAAUAAAAAGGGAGCGGAAAGCGCCAGGAGAGCGGAGUUCGCCUCCCUUUGCCGGGUCUCUCCUGUCCUGAGGGCAAAAAUAAAAUGGGGAAAAAAAAAAAAAAAGGAAAAGAAAAAGAAAAAAAAAAAAAAAAGAGAUUAUUUAAUUCCCAACCACCACUUGACACCACGGCAAAUUCCGAUAAGAGGUACUGGGUACAUGUAAAAUAUUGUUGAUACACACGAACAAAGUUUAUUUUGGCUAUAACUUGUGAAUUGAUAGUUGACUGUCAAACAUUUACAUUUUAUCUCAUAAAGGUGUAUCUAUUCACGUAAUCUUGUGAUUUUUUUUUGGUUAUUAUUAUUAUUAUUAUGAUUAUUUGAGAGACGUAUAGCUAUUUAACCUGGGGUACCCUGCAGUCAGUGAUUGUUAUCCCAGAUUUUGCCAUCUGACCCUCAUGCUUAUUGCCAAGACAGAGGGAAAGCUCUUCUACGCGAACUUUGGUAUGGACGGGCUUUGUAUCUAUUUGUUCUCCAUGAAAACAAAAUUAUUUAUAUUGACCAUA